GGGUGAGUCUGUUACACAUUUCCUGCUCAGCGCUGGGCAGUCUCACUGAAACCAGGCAGGAGAAACCAGAGGGAUCAGAGGUCCUGGCAGGAUCAAGGGCAGGACGAUGGCCACCAAGGGCAGUGACCUCAGCACCAGGACUUCUGCAGAAGCCCAGGACAUUGUUAAACUAAAUGCAGGCAUAUUCUUCAAAAGGCAUAAGGUGCAAAUUUCAAAUGCAAUAAAAGAACCAUUUCCUUUCCUUGAAAUUCUCAGGGACCGUGGAUUCAUCACCAAUAAAAAAUAUAAUGAGUCUCAAGAAAAACUUACACAUGAGAUUUCCACACAACAAGUCGUAUACAGUAUUCUCUGUGGCCUGGAGAAGACAUUUGACCUGUCCCUUCUGGAUUCUUUGUUCAGCAAGACCAUCAUGAAGUUCUAUCCUGAUUUAUAUUACACUUACAAAAUCUUCAAAAAUGAGAUAUCAAACAUAAACAAUUUCCUGGAAAGUGAUGCAGAAGAAAACAAGGGGAGAUCUGAUAUCCAACUAAGCCUUGAACAAGGACCUGGUGAAAAGUCAUAUCUAAGCCUGCUCUGGAGUGGCCCAUGUCCCUUGAAUCACAAUGGUACAGCCACAUCUGAUAAUGGACUUUCAAAGCAACUCUCUGAAACAGAAGAUAUAGGUGUGAUGGUUGAUACAACCACUGGCAACAACGAUGCCCUAGAAAGCCAACAAGCAAAUGAACAAUGUGCCCAGCAGUCUGAGCCAGCAGGGUCAAAAAACCACAAAGAAGAAUAUGUAGAUUUUCACUCUGAAAUACUUCCUGUGACCUGUGGAGAGAUGAAAGGCAUGUUAUAUAAGAACAAGUUGGAAGAAGGAUCCACGGUGAAGUGCAUAAAGACAGAGGAUGGAAACUGGUUCACCCCCCAGGAAUUUGAAGCUGCAGGGAACUAUAAACGUUCAAGAAAUUGGAAGAACACUGCGCACUGUGGUGGGAAAACCCUAAAACGGCUGAUGGAGGAGGGAAAGCUACCUACAGCACCACCAAUAUACAGCAAGAAAAAAAAGAGUUGCUGCAUUGAACAUUAGUUUGUAUGCAAUGUUACCUGUGAAUGCUAAACCACUAGAUGUUCAAAUAAGGAACCAUCAAAAAAGACUCUUGUAGUU